CUAAAAAUAAGGCCCAAAUAAAAAGCAAAGGCCCAAUAUAUACUGUCACAAAAACCCUCAAAGAACAGUGAAGCUCUCAUCACGAUCGCAACAAUGGCGGCUGCUGCGAAGGAGAUCCUACGGCGACCAGUGGCGGCAACAAUAAGGCUAACCGUUCCGGCGGGAGGAGCGAGGCCAGCCCCACCGGUAGGUCCGGCGCUAGGUCAGUACAGGCUUAACCUGAUGGCUUUCUGCAAAGACUUCAACGCUAGGACUCAAAAGUACAAACCAGACACUCCGAUGGCCGUGACGAUAACGGCGUUCAAGGACAACUCUUUCGAAUUCACCGUCAAGUCUCCGACGGUGUCGUGGUACAUCAAGAAAGCAGCUGGAGUCGAUAAAGGAAGCACACGCCCGGGUCAUUUGUCGGUGACGACGCUAUCGGUGAGACACGUGUACGAGAUCGCGAAGGUGAAGCAGACGGAUCCGUUUUGUCAGUAUAUGCCGUUGGAAUCGAUUUGCAAAUCCAUCAUUGGUACUGCUAAUUCUAUGGGUAUCAAGAUCGUUCAGGAUUUGGAGUGAUUUUAGGGUUUCUGAUGAAAGAGUGGAAUCAAUUUGCUUCUGGUAAACGUCUUUGCUUUGAGUAGUAAAGUAUAAACCAUGAAUGAAUUUCACAGAUUGUUUUGUGUUUUGGUGUUACUUCCAUUGUGUUGUUUGUUUCAAUGGAUAAUUGAGCUCCAAAAGCUUUCCAAAAUCAAAAUAGAUAUUGAGUUUGUUUAACUUUGAUCGUUUGAAUAAUUUGGACAGUAAAGACAUUGCAUUGUUGUUGUUGUGGAUGUAGAAAUUGUUCGUAUGAGCAAAGUAUUCUAAAGUUUGGUCCUUUAACUUGAU